AAAAGCAAGCUAGAAGCUAGUUCGGAGUUGCUGUAACGGCAGAUGCUGUGAUCGGACUUGGAACAUAAACCUUCUAGCUAGCGGUUGUAGGGAUUUGGCUCCAAACACUAACUUGGCAACAAAAUCAGUUCGCUGUUGGAAAUCGCGAUUUUAACUGUCGUGUUGUUAAUGUAACUAAAUAUGUAAAAUAAAUAUUAAAGAAGAUAUGGAGUAAAAUACGCUAUUUUACAACUGGGAAUACUCAUAUUUACAACUGACAUUCGUUUUAUUGGGACAUCACAUCAUCAUCAUAAUCAAGAGCUUAAGUGUUAGCUACUAGCAACUAGCUUGCUAGUUUGCUGGCAAUCUUGUUAGCUACUGAAGUCAACAGUGCUCAUAGCAAACAAGACAACAAUAGACAUGACCAACGUUGUAUUCUGGAACCAGCUGCAGGCUGGCAGCUCCGAAGUUGAUUGGUGUGAGGGCAAUUACCUAAUAUACCCUGGAAUUGCGGAGUUUUACAACACGAUCAGCAACAUAUUGUUUUUUAUUUUGCCACCCAUAUUAAUGCGCUUGUUUCGUCAGUACGCCACUCAUUUCAACAGUGGGAUAUAUCUAAUAUGGACUCUGCUGGUUGUAGUUGGUAUUGGAUCGACGUACUUCCAUGCCACUCUCAGCUUCCUGGGUCAGAUGCUGGAUGAGCUGGCCAUCCUGUGGGUUCUGAUGUGUGCCAUCGGCAUGUGGUUUCCCAAGAGAUACCUGCCGAAAAUGUUUCGCAGAGACAGGUCAAGGUUUAAAGUGGUCAUCGGCAUUCUGUCUGGAAUCACCACAUGUCUGGCUUUUGUUAAGCCAGCCAUCAACUCCAUAUCCCUGAUGACCCUGGGCAUCCCCUGUACUGCCCUACUCAUCACGGAACUCAGGAGGUGUGAAAACCUGCGUGUGUUUAAACUGGGGCUGUUCUCUGGGUUGUGGUGGACCCUCGCAUUGCUCUGCUGGAUCAGCGACCGGAUCUUCUGUGAGAUGUGGUCCUCCGUCAACUUCCCCUACCUGCACUGUGCAUGGCACAUCCUCAUCUGCCUGGCCUCGUACCUGGGCUGCGUGUGCUUCGCCUACUUCGACGCCGCCUCCGAGGCCCCCGAGCAGGGCCCCGUCGUCAAGUUCUGGCCCAGCGAGAAGUGGGCCUUCAUCGGAGUGCCCUACGUCACCCUGCUGUGCGUCCACAAGAAGUCCUCGGUCAAGGUGACAUAGUCCUGCCCGACGCGCCACCGACUCCCUGGGCCGCCAGGGACCAUCUCUAUUUUUAUAUCCACCCAAAGCCCGAACAGAGGGAGGUGGAAGACUCUGAAUGUGUAGCAGAUGUGUUAAGGGACCCUCACCUUUUUCAGACAGUUUUUUGUGUAGAACGAAAGCAUGUUUUCAGUGGUUUGUUUCAGGAUGUUUUUUUUUUUCCUGUUAUUGACUUGUUUGGGACCAAGGAGAUGAGCUGUGUAAUAAUGUUAUUGCCAAUGCAAAGCUGAAGAUUCCUCAGAAUCUUUUCCCGUGACCUCAUCCAGUGGAGUCUUCACUAGGGCCUGGCUCUUACAAUAAUGCCACCGUGUGUUCAUGGAUCAUUCUGAAACGUUCCUUAACAAUGCCACUGCACAUUUCAACCCUUUAGCAGAAGAAUAUUGAUUUCUAAUACACAGCAUGUUAUGUGUAUGUAAAACUGACUUCUUUCUUCAUUUGCUUUUUCCGUUAUAUGGUCAUAGUUUUAAUAGUGUUUUAAUUUAUUACUCGGAGGGUAAUCAAGAAUGUUUGUCCAAAAUUCACUGCUCAUGUUCUGCGAAUCAGGAUGUUCCGCAGUCUCAAACAUUAACAAGUUAUUUUGUCUGUGCAAAUGAAUGCAUGACUUUGUGUGAAGUCGAUAUCUAUUGACAUACAGUGCCGUGAAAAAGUAUUUGCCCCCUUCCUGAUUUUCAGGAAAGUGGCAGAAACUUCUUCAAGGCACAGUUUGCACUUAAGUGACAGCUGCAUGACAACGCCUGCUUCCCCAGCCUAGACGGUAAUCUUGCUGAGUAGCUUAAACAAGAAUAUGUGGCCUGUGUGGUCCAUAUGAAAUGCACCUAUUUUCAUUAAAAUCAUUUAACUAACAUUUUGUUCAUUUAUUUUGAGCCAUUUGAUGGAUAACCGGAGCAUUGUUAGUUUGAAAUGUAAAGGGAAAAUGUAUUGCAUAUAUGUAAUGGAAUGCUAUGGAUUUGUAUUGUGCAAGUCACGUGACUGGCUUCAGUGGUGGUGAAUAUUAUUUGGUCAAGUUUUUCUAAAAAAAAAAAAAGAAAGAGACUCCUUUCAGUCUGAAAGCAAGGCCACUGGUUUGCAUACAUUUAAUAAAGGCACUUUUUUACCCUACAAAAGCCAGCCAUUUGAUUUUUUGAAAUGUGAAUUGUAGUUCUCAAUGAACACCAUUGGAUUUACAUACAGUAUCUACAGUAAGUUUGAGCGCGAAACGCACAUGAAGGUCUUUUGAUGAACUGGUUUUACGUGGCAUGACUCAGAGCAUGACACUGCAAGCGCAAUCGUGUGUUUUACUGUCGGACGAGUCCUGGAAGGGGCUGAUAAAUGGACUUCUGCUAAGCAGAUGAUCUGGCAGACUUGCCUUCGGCUGUGGGGUCUGAGGGAGGACUUGUGGGAACGGUAGACCUAUUACCUUGCGCUCCGUCACAUCAGUUAAAAGGGCCAAAAGACUGUGAUCUCUGCCUCUCUGUCAGUGUGCUGAAGAGAAACUAUUUAUUUUCAUUUUAACCAAUUUCAUAUUUGUAAACCGAUAAAUGUUUAUAAUUGAAGAAUGAAGUGUUUCAUACGACUGUAUUUUUACAUUUUAUCUUCUGUAAUAAACAAGACUUGUAUGUGACAAAG